CUUCCCAGGUCAGAAGAAACACCACCAUCACAGAUUCACAACAACCUUCACAUACCCAACCCAUCCCAAAGCCUAAAGUUAAGGAAAUACCAACAACAAAACUGCAACAGCACAUCAGAUCAUAUAACAGCACCAUGUAUCCAAUUUAGCUGCUACUGCUUUUUUUCGGCACCCCAGCCAACCCACCCUCCUCAUCUCUCUCCCUCUCUCUCUCUCUCUCUCUAGCACAGAUGCAACACUUCCCUCCCUAUCAAAAAAACAAAGAAGAGUCCACACCACCCAACUCUCUCUUAUGGCCCAUCUGGACCAAAACUUAUGCGGAAGAAAAACCAAAAAGAAAGAAAGAAAGAAAGAAUAGAAAGGAGAGAAAGAGAAGAUGGAUGUUUUCAAAUGUCCUCCAACCGAACCUAUCUCACAGACUCUCUCUCAUAAAAACAUGUUGCCAACAUUACCCUUCUGCAACCCCCCAAAAAAUUCCCAUCUUCAUCACUGUCUCUCAAAAGAACAUUAUUUUUCACCGAGUUAUGUGGGCUUUUUUGGGCUUCUUGUCUCGGUCAGAAUUUCACAGAGAAAACAGGGAAAGCAAGAACCUUCUUACCUCUUCCCCUCUAUCUCUCUUUCUUAUUUGUCUUUCCUUUUUCUUUCUCUCCAUUCCGUCUCUAUAGCCUCCACUCUUUCAUUAUUUCUAACCCAUCUCUUUCUUUCUUUUUAUUGCCCAUCUCUCUGUUUCUCUCUCCCCCUCUCCUCUCUUUCUGUAUUUGUUGGUUCUUGGCUAUUGGGAUCUGCUCGUGUGAUCUGAUGAAGAAAAUGAAAGGGGCUGUUGUUAUGAAGCCUUCUCCGUAUGCUGUGUACGAGGACUCAAGGACCAGGUUCAAGCACCAGAGUCUUUUGCAGGACUUUGAAGAGCUACAGAAGGAAACAGAGGCCAUGAAGAAGAAAUUGCAGAUGAUGAAACAAAAAAAGUUGACCCUUUCAGCAGAAGUCCGAUUUUUGAGGAAACGAUACAAAUACUUGACUGCAAACCAGCUUCCCAACCCACAGCCAAAGCAGGAUUUUGUGCUACCACAGAAGUUUGAUGUCCGACAUACUGGUGCUCAAAAAGGAAAGAAUAACGGUAAAAUGGAAGCUGCAUUACGACCCCCAGUUCCAGCCCCUGUUUUAAACCGAAAGGAAAGGAUUUACAAUGGAGCAGAAGCCACCUUGCGGAAACCUGCUCCAAUCUUUGACUUAAACCAGAAGGCUAGAACUUUCAGUGGAAAGGAAGCUGCUUUGCCAGGUUCUGCACCAAUAUUUGACAUGAAACAGAAGGAAAGGAUCUACAGUGGAAAAGAUGCUACCAAGCGACACAUUACUCCAGUUUUUGACUUGAACCAGAUUUUGACAGACGAGGAAUUGCAGUCAGAUUCUGAGCCAUCGGGAAUGGACGAGCCAAAGAAAAGUUUACUUAGGGGUGGAAGUGAUGAGCAGCUCAAUGAUACGAAGUUAUCAAUUUGUAGGAAUAUGGGAAAUGGGUCCAAUCGAGCCGGGAAAAGGAAGAUUUCAUGGCAAGAUCAGGUGGCUUUAAGAGUUUAAGGUCAUGAUUCGAUUUGCAAUUGAAGAUCCUAUGUAUUGGUGGGGGGUAAAAAUGGUUGCCCUGCAUUUUCAUGUUCUUAAUUUUCAUUUCUUUUGCAAGUUUUGAGGUUCUUUCCUCCACUGUAAAGUAAAAAUAGUUUUAUAGAUAGAAUAUAUAGAUGAAACAAUGGAAUUGAUGAUCAGGAA